AUGGGCGAUGACUCUGUGACCAGUGGAAAGGCGCACCAAGGUCCCAUUGUCGUUAGUCGCAAAACAAGAGGCCAACAACUAAGGUUAUUCGGCAUGCCUCUCUCAAACCAAACCUGUCGUGUCGGAAUGCCUCAGUCGAAUGGCGAAAGAGAGUCGACGAGGGUCUGGCCGACGGGGAAAUCCCUGCACUCUGGCGUUCCCGAGGUCCAGGUACCUCGUAGUUGCUUCCGGCCCCCUCCUGGAGUCAGGUACUUUGACCAGACCCUGAGACCCCUCAUCCCAGCCGCUUUCCUCGACACUUCUUGCCUCUGCGGGUGA